GUAGCCUGUUUGGUCUCCGGAGGAGGGAGACCCGCUCCCUCUCCAUCCCAUCCGUCUCCAGCUCCGAACACACUCCGGCUGUGGUCGCCGACGGCAGCGCUCCUCUCCUCCACCUCACACACACACUCACACACACACUCAUGCACACACUCAUUCACACACUCACUCAUUCACACAAACAUUUGCAAAUGCAACACACAGAGCUGGACCGACUGGGGAAACGUCCUUCUUGAUUGGGAGCGCGUUUAUGCCUCAGCGUGAAGGAUGUAGAGCCGGAGGUGGGGGCAGGAUGGAGUGCUCCUGGAAGACGGUGUUGUUGCUGGUAUGUGCGUCUCUGGGGGUCCAGUACACGGCCAUCCGAACCCUGAGGGACUCGCUGUCUGGACCCUGCCGGGGAGCCUACCGCUGCCAGAGCAGAUACCAUGGAGACUCCAGAUGGGCAGCCUUGUGCGAUGACAGCUGGAUGUCUAAUGACUCUCCUCGGAAGCACAUCCUGCUGUUUGCGACCACACGCAGCGGCUCCUCCUUCACCGGGCAGCUCCUCAAUCAGCAUCCCGGGAUCUUCUAUGUGUUCGAGCCCCUCUAUCACGUCCAACAGGCCUUCACCAACUCCAGCAGCAGGAUGCGGCGCUCCUUGGACCGCCGGGCCCUGCUCGGGGCUUACAGGGACCUUCUCCUCAAUCUGUACACUUGUGAUCUUCACUUUGUAGAGAAUUACAUUCACCCCGAGCCCCAGGACCACGUCACAAGUUCCUUUUUCCGCCGGAGUUCCAGCCAUGCCCUCUGUUCUCCUCCCGUGUGUUUGGAAAGGAUGGACGCGGUGGCCUUCGACACGCCUGAUGAGUCCUGGUGUCCUAAGAGGUGCGGGGCGCUGAACCUCACUUUAGCUUCUAUGUCGUGUCUAUCCAAAGAGCAUGUUGCCAUAAAGACGGUGCGGGUUCCUGAGGUGGCCGACCUGCGCACUCUGUCGGAAGAUCCCCGUUUGGACCUGAAGAUCAUCCACCUGGUGAGAGACCCCCGAGCUAUCCUCACCUCACGCAUCAUGGCGUUUGCCGAUCAGUUUCGGGCUUGGAAAAUAUGGAACGCAACUGGGCGCCAGCCCCGAUACGUGGACCUGACGCAGAUCACCAGCACCUGUGAGGACAUGGCCGCCUCCACGGAAACAGCCCUGCAGAGACCGGCGUGGCUGCGCGGACGCUACCUGUUGGUGCGCUAUGAAGACUUAGCCCUCGACCCGAAGGCCAAGGCAACCGAGAUCUACAGGUUUCUGGGGCUGGAAAUGGAGGAGAAGGUGAGGGCGUGGAUUGCAAAGAACACCAACAGUAAUGUUUCAGCUCCAUCCGAGUGGAAUUACAGAUACUCCACCACCAGAGACUCUAAAACCACAGCAGAAAGCUGGAGGCUUCGUCUCGGCUUUGACAUUGUGAGAACGGUUCAGAAGCUGUGUAAUGAAACUCUGGCUUUGCUGGGAUACAGGCCGGUCUGCUCCGCAGCUGAACUGAGAAACUUAUCGCAUAGUUUAGUAGAGCACAGGACAUUUCAGCCCGUCACAUGAUGCUCUUAUUUUAAAGUUGAAAUAACCUCCUGCUUUUUUUAUUUCUGCAUUCGAGUUUCCCGUGUGCCAAGAUGGUGAUGAAAUGAAGAUAACUUAUUUUAAUUUUGAAUGAAUACUAAAGUGAUUUAAUGUCUUCAUUCGGUUUUUAUUAAA